CAGACAGGGAGUCACAUAGUGAUAGAGAGUCACACAAGGAGAGACAGAGUCACAUAGUGAUAGAAAGUCACACAAGGAGAGACAGAGUCACAUAGUGAUAGAGAGUCACAAAAAGGAGAGACAGAGAGUCACAUAGUGAUAGAGAGUCACACAAGGAGAGACAGAGUCACAUAGUGAUAGAGAGUCACAAAAAGGAGAGACAGAGAGUCACAUAGUGAUAGAGAGUCACACAAGGAGAGACAGAGAGUCACAUAGUGAUAGAGAGUGACAUAGUGAUAGGUGACAGAUCACAGCGUAAGACCAUAGAGAGAGAACAGAAGAGUGGCUAAGAGAGUGCUCCCAAGUACUCGUCUAGAGAGAGAUACAGAGACCUUCCAUACUGGACAGAUAAGAGACAGUCAGUGCAGACCCGGAUAAGCAGGAGAGAUCCAUGUGCAGUGGGUAGUGACUAUGCACUGCUAGGUGUCCAGGAGAGGACCCAGAAUGAGACAUCCGGAAAGAGUGCACUAGACCGAGAGACCGCACACAUCUGAGAGGAGAAUGAGACCACAGAGAGGAACGUUAACCAUGGCACAGACAUGCCGCCUGGCAGUGCCAACACUUUUCUUCUUUGUGCCCCUCCUGCUGUGGCUAGCAGGCCCCACGCACGGGUACAAGCCAGUUAUCUUGGUCCAUGGCCUUUUUGACAGUUCUGCCAACUUCAAGUAUCUGGUGGAGUUCAUCAACAAGUCUCACCCGGGCACCAACAUCUCCGUGCUGGACUUGUUUGACCACAGGGCGAGUCUCCAGCCUCUCUGGAAACAGGUCAUGGGAUUUCGGGAGGCCAUCUACCCCAUAAUGCAGAACGCAGGGAAGGAAGGCGUGCACCUGCUGUGCUACUCCCAAGGAGGACUGAUCUGUCGGGGGCUUCUGGAGACCAUACCAGACCACAACGUAGACACCUUCAUCUCAUUGUCUUCACCUCAGAUGGGCCAGUAUGGAGACACAGAUUAUUUGCGGUAUCUGUUCCCCACGUACAUGAAGGCCAAUCUGUACAGAUUCUGCUACACGCAGUUCGGUCAGAGCAUCUCCAUCUGCAAUUUCUGGAACGAUCCACAUCACCAUGAUAUGUACAUCAACAGCAGCGAUUUCUUAGCACCUAUAAACUCCGAGCGGCCAGAACCCAAUACGACAGAUUGGAAGAAAAACUUUCUGCGCCUCCGUAAGUUGGUCCUGAUUGGCGGUCCCAAUGAUGGCGUCAUCACACCCUGGGAGUCCAGCCACUUUGGAUUCUACGAUGAGAAUGAGACGGUCCUAGAAAUGGAACAGCAGCAGGUGUACCAGGACGACAGCUUUGGCCUCCGUACAUUGGACAAAAGAGGAGGCAUCGCGGUGUACUCUGUCCCGGACGUGGUUCACACCAUGUGGCACUCCAACGAGACCGUCUUUGAGAAUUGCAUUGAGAAGUGGCUGACCUAAUGUCAUUGUGCUGUACAAAGGGAUGAGAAGACCACCCCCGGUCUUACUCCAAAGUCCACGCACCAUGAGAAACUUCUCCCUCCCCCUAAUGCAGAUUGGCCUGGACUCCUGACACCUCAGUGUUCUUCUUCUCCUGUCUGUCCUGGUAAUGGUCCUCUGCAGUCCUUCCUGUCAUUCCAAGAACUUUGUGCUCCGCCGCCUUACUCCUCCCCAGACCUGCCAUGAACUAUAGGCCGUUGUGCAGUCCAGUCUGCCUCCCAGCAUUGGUCUUCAUUACUAUGGAAGCGACACAUGGGGUACUUUCUUACCCCUUCCCCUAAACAUGACUUUUUGAAAGGUAGAAUGUUUAUGAUUGUAACCUUUUAUAUUAACGGGGAAAAAAAGUAAGUUUGGGAAACCAUUUGCACAAUGAGGAAGGGGAUGGUGGAUACUUUAUGAUGAAGACACAGGGAUCCUCUACCUCUGCGCCUCCAGUCCACUGCUGUCACAUUAUGGGCUUACAGGGGGCUUUUUAUAGUACCUGCAAAGUGUCUGCUCACCCCACAGACCCCUGGGAUGGUCAUGGUACUAAAUAGUUGGCACUACUCACUGCCGAGGUAGACAAUAUGUGUGCUGAGCCAAAACUAUUCAAGUGUAUAGAUUUACAUACAGUGCGUUCAGAAAGUCUUCAGAUCCUUUUACUUUAUGUUGCUCCUUAAAGGGGUCUUCCGGCGCUUAGACAUCUUAUCCCCUAGGAUAGGGGAUAAGAUGCCUGAUCACGGGGUUCCCGCCGCU